AAGACAAGACGUCAAUGACUGACAAAACGAUCGAUCAAAAUUCAGUUGUAUUGUUAGUUCUUAACGUCAUUUCGUGAAACAAUGGGUAAAGACUACUACUCCAUAUUAGGUAUACGUAAAAACUCGACAGAUGACGAAAUAAAGAAAGCCUACCGAAAAUUAGCCUUACAAUAUCAUCCCGACAAAAACAAAUCCCCCAAAGCCGAGGAGAAAUUCAAAGAAAUCGCAGAAGCUUACGAGGUUCUAUCCGACAAGAAGAAACGAGACAUUUACGACAAUUACGGUGAAGACGGUUUGAAGGGUGGAGCUGGCCCUCAUGGAAACACAGGAUUCACUUACACAUUCCACGGGGAUCCGAGGGCAACUUUCGCUCAGUUCUUCGGCAAUACGAAUCCAUUUCAGAGCUUUUUCGGUUUCGACGAUUCCUUCGACAACGACAUGAACCAAUCGACCUUCAUCUUCGGAUUUCCAGGUGCAGAAAAUCACGUGGGAUCACACCGGGAAAGAAUGGCCCAGGAUCCACCGGUAGAGCACGAAAUUUAUCUAACUUUGGAGGAGGUUCUUCACGGCUGUCUUAAAAAGAUGAAAAUACAGAAGAAAAUUCUGCUUCCUAAUGGCAAGUUGGGAAAGGAGGAAAAGAUGCUGGAAAUAAAUGUUCAACCUGGUUGGAAAGCCGGUACUAAGAUAACAUUUCCCAAAGAAGGGGACCAGGGGGUCAACAAGAUACCUGCAGAUAUAGUUUUCAUUAUAAGAGAUAAAACACACAGUACCUUCAAGAGGGAAGGCAGUGAUUUGAGAUACACAGCUAAGAUUUCCUUAAAACAAGCAUUAUGCGGUUGUAUAGUUAAUAUUCCUCUUAUUGGUGGAGGGCAGGAAGCUCUUAACUAUAAAAAUGAUAUCAUAAAACCUCAAACUAUCAGACGUAUUGCAGGUAGAGGUCUACCUUUCCCGAAAGAACCUUCUAGAAGAGGAGAUCUAAUAGUAACAUUUGAUAUUCGGUUCCCCGAAAGUCUACCAACAGCUACGCGAAAGUAUUUAGAAGAAAAAUUACCAGCUUGAAAUAUUAAAUAUUGGUGGUACCUACCGUAUUAUGCAUUUGUUGUUACCGUAAAAGUGCUUGAAACCACAUAUAAUGCUACUACUAAAUAUAAUGUAAAAAUUGAAUCAAUAUUCUUCCAGAACAGACGUGAUUAUCUAAUCAGCAUUAAAUUCGGAGUUAUUUUA